AUGUUAGAAGCAAGGAAAUCGCCAUUAAUAACAAAAAAAAUAAUUAACUCUAGCAUCAACUAAAAGGACAAAUCUCUUCAUCAGACAUAGCCACAUGCAAUCAGCUAUAAUAUUAACAGACACUACGUACAAUAAUCCAGAAGUUAGGUGGGUUCAAAGAUUCAGUCUACUUCUCGAAAUGCAAUGAAUCAGCAGUCCAAUGAAGAUUCCCAGUAAUUUCAAACAAAAACUAUUCAGAUAAAUCUUAACUAACUUGGACAUUCCUCCUCUUAAAGUCAACUUACUUAAGGGAUACAUGCGGCUAGAUCUGCAAGAGGUGAUGAAGAUGAGGUAGGCAAUUAGAGGAAGCAACAAAGGAAUCAAAAUGACAAUUCAAGAGUAUAAACAGCCAGGAAUCGUAAAUCUCCAAGUCCUUAAAAGAUUAUCUACAAUCUCGACCCAAAUAGACAAUACUAAUCGAUCAUAAAUGAUAACCCACCAUCCACAAAAUCUUAAACUCAUAAAAACAAAAAAUCUAUAGACUCUAAAUUAUCUACCUCUAGAUUGAGCAAUAAAUUUGGAAAUACCAAAAAAGAGACGAUUUUUAAUCCUCAAUAGGCUUUCAGGACUACAGUAUCUGCAGUGACAGCAGCUUAAAAUCUAAAAAGUAGAACAGCUAAUCAAACAUCAACAACUAAUGCGAAUCAUUAGCAUUAAAUGAUGAUGCCAAUGCAACAUUAGAAAAUAUCUAUGAGUACAUACAAGCCUACUGCGUUAUAGCAGGCAAAUGCUGCAAAUGUGAUUUAGUCAUUUGAAUCAUAGAAUAGGUAGAGUAAACUGCCAAUUACAAUUUAAAUUGAGAAAAAUCGAAAAACAAAAAGACCAUCAGAAAAUAACAUGCUAUCUCCAGCCAUAAUGUGUUAAUAGAGCCCUCGCCUUACUUUAGGGGCAGGAUCAACUACAGGUGCUACCUCUGUCUACUCAAUAACCACUGAUUCUAUUGUAAACUCAUCAACUAUUAAUAAUCCAAAUCAAAGAAAAAUGUGCUUGUCUGAAAAGUUAGCCCCAAAGGGCAAAAAGAAAAGACAAAAUGCGCAUAAGUAGCCUAAAUAAAUUACAAUUACAAGAGAUUAAAUAAUUCUUCAGCCGUUCUUAAGCAUAUAUUCAACCUAAAAUGGUGGAUAAAUAGCCUAAACUGAGAGUAGAUACAUAACAGAUACAAAUCCCCAAAAUAACUCAAUAUAAUCUAGCGUCUAGGUUUAGCUUAUAAACACUUUGAAUAACAUUGAGAGUACGCCUAAUACAAACUAUAACGAUCUUGGAGAUGAUCAGGAUUUUCUAACUCAAUUUAAUAGAGAUCCAUCUAAUAAGGAUCUAUAAGACUUGUAAAGAAAAGGAAGUGACAUGUUCUCAUUUUAGAUGACGAAUGGAAAAUCCAAAAAUGGGAAAAACUCUAUAUUGGAAGAAUCAAAAGAAAUAACAGGGAUAUUUGGCUCUUAGAAUCUUGAGUCUCUUGGAAAUGAACCUCAAAGUAGACCUUCACUUGACAAUAAUCAUCAUGAGAGAAAAAAGACUGUAGAAAUACCUACUCCUGUAUUUUAAACUGCUACUAGAAGCUAAUCAGGAUUCAAAUAAAAUGAUGUGGUAUUACAUCUAGAUGUGAAGCUAUGUGAUGAUUCACCGAAGUAAAUGGCCUAGCAAGAAUAAUCAUCUUUAAGAAUUAAACAUUCAUAGGUAAUGCAUAAUAGAGGAGGGUCUAUGAUAGAAGAAAGAAUUUUGCAACCAAGUGAAGAAUAAAAGUUGAAGGAAGAAUAAGAAAUUGAAAAGCAAUCAAAUAUCUCAAGCAAUUUCAAUCAAGAGUAAUCUUAAUCUUUAAAAAAAGUUUACUCAGCAAGUGAUUUAAAUUUAAGCAGAGGUAAUUAAUCAGCUCAAACUACUACCUUAAAAAGGAAUGACUCUAAUGGAAGCUUCUUUAGUAGAAUCAAAAACUAUUUUGGAGGUAAGCCCUAGAGUGAGAUAAUUGAUGUAAACUAACCCCUAAAUGAGUUCAGAUGCAAAUGUGGACCUUCUGGUAAAACAUAUGCUUGCAAAAGGGCCUUGAGAUGGCUUUAAUUUUCUAAUAGCUACUCAGAUUUUGAGUAUGAAAAGAAUAAGCAGCUAUAUCAUGGACUGAUGAACUUCACUACUGCAUCUGGUAGUGAAACUUAAAUUGAAAGAGAUAUUCCAAGAACAUUCCCUAAUGUAGAUCCUUAUAUGAAUACAAACGAAGGUUAACAGAAACUAUUUAGAGUCCUAAAUGCUUUUUCUAAGUACUUUAAUUAUAUUGGUUAUGUUCAAGGCAUGAAUUUUAUCGUAGGUGCUCUGUUGAUGCAUUGCUCAGAGGAUAUUGCUUUUUGGCUAUUCGUAUCUUUAAUUGAGGAUUUUGAAAUGAGAGAUAUCUAUCAGCCAAAGCUACCAGGUCUUUAUAAGCAUAGUUAAGUGCUUUAAUUACUGUAAAUGGAGCAUCUUAGAAAAGUUUAUUAUCAUUUUUCUGCUUAGAAUAUUCUAAUUGAAAUGUAUGCAAGUGAUUGGAUUUUCGCAUUAUUCAGCAAUAUUAUUCCUAUAAGUGAAUAUCAUCACUUUUUGGAUAGAUUUUUUGUGGGAGGUUGGACAUUUUUCUAUAAAUUCUCUCUUUCUUUCUUGAAAUGCCAUUAGGAAGAGGUCAUCCGUCUAUUUGAUCUUAGUGAAAUCUUGAAUAUGGUCAAGCUUAAAAACAUUAAAAAAGAUGCUAUGAUUGAAAAUAAAUCCCCAAGAGUUAGAUUUGAUGAAAGUGGCUAGAUUUCAGAGCUUGAAAGUAUGAAGAGAUACUCUGAUACAUCAUCUUUAUCCCCAACAAGAUAAACUGGUCAAGUUAGCUAAAUGAGAAACUUAUUUAGUAGAUUUUUAGGCAAAGAUUCUUAAAUCACCUCGGAAUCCUUCAGAGAUGACUCUGUUUGGGAGCGACUCGUUAACUUGAGUUGCUAAGAAUGGGAAAAUGAAUUUAAUGAAAACUACGUUAACUAGCUUCUCUCAAGCUUUGAUCCAGAUAAAUUGGUGUUUAAUAAUAGUACUCCUAAUACUCCUAAGGAAGCUUCGAUAGUGUACUCAGCAAAAAAAUAAUCCUCAAAGGCUAAUUUAAAUAUCUAAUUUGAAAGCGACAGGUCUCUUCCUCAUUAAUCAUAUAAUAAUGAUAAGAGAAUUCAAUAGCAAAUAAUACCCAAGCCUAAGAAGCAAGGGUCUAAACUCUAAAUUAUAGUGAAUGACAAUAAUAUGAGGAAUCCUAGAUAAAAUAAUUUUUUGUUGGCAGAUUAGAAUAGCAGCAGAUUAAGUAUUCAAUCCAAGCAAGCAAGAAGUUUACAGCCAAGAGAUAAUAAAAUAAAAUCCAACCCAAAAAAAUAUGCUCCUUGA